UUCAGACAGGCAGAUAAGAUUGAGAAAUGCCUAAUGCAUGAACUUCCUGGAAAUCAAGAUCCAUUUUCUAAAUGUGAAAUGAGAGAAUUGUUAGAAGUAACACUGAUCAGAAAUAGGAGGAAUGUUUUUGAUGUGUACAUUGAGAAAAGGUCUAAAAGUGAGAAGAUAGGGACUAUCCUAGUGAAAUGUAAUGAGGAGAGAAAUCCGAAGGAAGGAGCUAAAACGAGAGGAAAUGUUGUAAAUGAGGAAAUCUAAAGAUGGGAUUUGUUUUAUCUACUGAAUCUGUAGAUUAUUUAAGAAUGAGAUUUCCCAUUCACAAUAUUCAGAAUCGUCUGUCACUCGAUAACUGUGAUAAUGAACCAGGUAAACAAAAAAUUGUAAUAAGAAAAAAAGAAAUGCAUGUUAGAAUUUGCUCAACAGUUAAACCUCUCACGUAUGCCUGCCUCUUGCUAACUGAAGUAUGAUUGUUCAAGGAAGUGUAUUGUACAACUACGUUACAGUAUGGACUUUCUUUCUAAAAGCAGUAUUGUGAUAUGUUUUAUCUUAUCAUAAGAGAAAUGAAGCUAUGCAGUUUAGUUCAGAAAUAGUUAUUUGCUUCGCCUACGCCUUUAAGAUGCUGUAACGGGCUGAUAUUAAAACUAGAGAUGGAUUUUUUUGCUUUAAAGAAAGAAAAACUGCAGAAAUUACUUCAUAUGAAUGUGUUCUAAUAGAGGUUGCUAUGAAAGUAAUAUGUCAUACUUCCUGUAUCCAUAGCAACAAGUAUAUGAGUGUGUGUAUGCGGAUGUGUGAGUGUGUUCACCGAAAUAAAUCAUGAAAAAAGGACGUGUUGUUUUUGUGUAAUGUUAUGAUUUGAACACAUUCAUUUCUGCAAUUCAAGGUGAAGACUAUACACUAUUUACUUUUACUAUUAUUUUCUUAUGAGUUAUUGUUUGAAUAAAGCGAAACCAUUUCAUAUGGUGAUGCGUUUAACAUCUUUUAAACAAGUCUCUGAGUAAUUUAUUAAGAGUAAAGUUAUUAUUUUAUUUUGUUCCUGAUCCUGUAUUAUGAACUGGACUCUGGUGGGAAGAAGUACAGAAGUCUCUCCUGCAUCUGAUUAAUAACAGAGAUUCUCUGUAUAUGAUGAUGUUCCUGACGGGAGAUUCAGAGACAGACUGAAGCUGGACGAUCAAACUGGAUCUCUGACCAUCACAAACAUCACAUUUGAACACGCUGUAUAUUAUAGAGUAUAUAACAACACUAUGAGCAAGAGAUUCUGGCUCAUUGUCUAUGAUGAAAUAUCAGUGAAGGAGGGAGAUUCAGUCACUCUGAACUCUGGUCUUACUGAAAUAGGUUAUGAUCGGAUUCGGUGGGAGUUUGAAGACAGAUUAAUAGCUGAUAUCUAUGAAUGGGAAAACAGAUUCUCUGUAUAUGAUUAUGUUCUUGAUGGGAGAGACAGACUGAAACUGGACAAUCAAACUGGAUCUCUGACCAUCACAAACAUCUCAACUGAACGUGCUGGACGUUAUGAACUCGUGAUCUACCGUAGGAGCAGAAUGAGGAAAACGUUCUUUCUCAAUGCUGUCAAUGAAGAAAUAUCAGUGAAGAAGGGAGAUUCAGUCACUCUGAACUCUGAUCUUACUGAAAUAAUGAAUGGUGUUACAAUAAAGUGGAGGUUUGGAGAUGAAAUCACUUUAUUAGCUCUGAUCAAUAAAUGGGAUGAUGGAUUCUCUGUAUUUGAUGAUGCUCUUGAUGAGAGAUUCAGAGACAGACUGAAGCUGGACGAUCAAACUGGAUCUCUGACCAUCACUAACAUCUCAACUGAACAUGCUGGACGUUAUUUACUACAUUUAGGACCAAAACAUUUAAAUUUAAACCAGUCAUUAAAAGCUUUCAGUGUUUCUGUCUCUGACUCUGUCCACUGCUGUGGUUCUACUGAAGCUGUGAUCCGAUUGGUCCUCUCUGCUCUGGUGGGCGUGGCUACUGUCAUUCUUCUGGUUUAUGACAUCAGAUCCAGAAGAGCUGAACAAGAUCAAACACAGAUUCACACAUCAGGUGCAUGUUCUUGAGGGGAACUUGAAAUCUAAAGGAGACGCUGAACUUUAAAACUUCUUCAAGUGUGUUUUGUGAAGUUUGUCAUAUUAAUAUAGAUAACUAAAAGUUGCUUUGCUUGUAUUAUUCAUUAUAUCAGGCUUUCAUAUUUGAUUCAGGGUUUAAGGGCUUUUAAAAUGUAAUUGUCUAAUAAUGUUUUUAUUGUACAGAUGCAGUUUAAAAGCUUGUUGAUUAUAUUUCUCUCAGAUAAGACUCUGAUCUCACUGUACUAUUCAU